AUGGAUGAUAGACUCAAUCCUAUAAGAGUCCGCGGGCGCAGGAAGAAGCGUGUUGCUCCAGACAAUAGCAAUCAUCCCGAUACACAGCCGAAGCGCAGAGGGAGACCCCUCCUGCCUCCAGGUUAUGUAUCCAAAUCCAAGUCCUCCAAACGAAUCCGUCUCUUUGCGCAGACAGCAAAACCCACUGCAAAGGAUUCCGGGAAAAGAUUAUCAAGGCUCGAGACUCUACCCGUGGAAAUAUUGGAGAAGAUCUUCUUGUAUUCCUUGAACGUGAAUCUGCCUCGUGUCUCGCCUUCCAUAGCAGCUGCUGUGACCAGUGAACGGAUCUAUAGGGUGUUGAUCCUCCUGGCAUUCUGGGAUGAUUCUGAUGAUCUCCGUGACGAUUACAGAGGUGGUGCUUAUCAUGAGACUCGGAUAAGCCGCGGAUAUGAUGAGAUUAUUUCCAGGAUCCUCCAUCCGCUGGGACGUGAGUACACGCCUCUUCCAUUUGAGGAGAGGAAGAGACUGCAGUCGUCCAUUCUCCGGUGCAGAUGGUGCACCUUUGAAAGAAUCAGGAGACAGCUUCCGAAUCUGGCCAGAUUGAUCGUUAGACGACGAUGGAUUAAUACUGGAUUCGAAAUGGAGGAUGGCCAGUUGGAAGUCCUGGAGGAUAAUCUCGCCCAUCUAGGCGAUGAUGAUGAUGAACUUGGGAGUUACAUAUUCACAGGCGCUGUGCCUGGUCUAGAUGAUGCAAAUGAGCCUUCACAUCGCGAUGCACUUACCAUCAGCCAAUCCGGAAUAUCAAUAUCCUGCGCCUCCACUCAAAGCCUAUUCCCUCUUCUCAGCGUGAAAGAUUUCCCCCCUUCACUCCUGCGAGGUGAUAUAAGCGGCGACCAGUACCAAGGCUUCACCGAGUCUCACUCGACAUUCCUACAGAACCUUCGGAUACUAGCCGCCUUUAAUAGGAUGUCCCCUUCUCACGUCCGACUCCUACGACAGGAAAACGCGGAAAAAAUCACCUUCCCCCGAGAAGCUUUACAACAGGGCAUCCACAAUGCGCUCGUCACGGAAAAUGCCCCGGUCCUCUCCACCCUUCUUAAAUUGGAUGAAUUCUACUUCCGAAGUUUGCACACCCCCGACGAUGAUACACAACGUCGAAAUGGAAUUGAAUUUGAAACCCCCCUCUACACUAUCCCGGCGGACCAUUUCCGUACUGCCGCCAGGGUAUGCCGAGAAAUUAUCGAUCGUCGUGGUGGUGAUCAUAGAAAUAGCACGAGGUUAUUCCGUGUUCUCCUCCACGCGAGCGCCGAGUCGCUUCCGGCUGAUGACCCUGAAAUUACACAGUUCGCCAUGGAUGUUGGCGGUUCUCUUGGGAGCUGGUUGCUGGAUCUGAUGAUGGAGUUGCCGCAUCUGGUUGCCCACGCUAGAGAGAACCCUGGAGGAAGUAUGUUCUACUUAUGGAGCCCUCAAGGAGGGAUGGCAGGGAGGUAUGUUCAGGAGAUUUCUGAGGGGCGUGAUGGCAUGGGAUGUGUUUUGUAAUGACUGUAGCUUUA